UAUUGAACCUCAGUGUUUGGCUAGCUUCAGUAUUUGCAAGCGCAAGUCAAGUAAUGCUGGGGAUACUAGCUCUUCUUCUGAUGUGUGCUUUUGGCGGAUUAUCUAUUUUUAAUAAGAAACCACUCUGCGACCCAAACUUUAUUGCGAAACGUCUCGGAGACAACCCUGAUGCGUGGAAGUUAAUUGCACACCCCGAUCUGCGGUACCAUUUGAUGUUUUACUCAAAUGGUGGGCUUAACAAAACGCUGAAGUGCUUGUGCACCACAAAGUCCAACCCUGUCUACAAUGACAAAUGGAAGAGAACUGUGUUGUAUCACUACAAUGAAAACGACACAUCACUAAAGCACGGAGGAAAUAGCGUGUGGUCGAAAAAGACAAGCGGCAUUUUCGUUUAUGACAAUGAACUUAGCACACAUUACUACGAAAGAAUAGAUACACGUCUUUCUUUCUCCUACAGUCAGAUGACAAGCAAUAAUCAAGUAAUUUACACGGACAAGAAAACAUGCAUACUGAUGAAAUCGGAGGAGCUUGGCCACCAGGUCUGGGUGCAUACCGACUACCUACAAAGGUUCCAAAAGAUUCCAUACGUGUGCGUUUUUUUCUACGAAGCUUGCGCUGGGAAGGAAAAGUUUUGGGCGUACGACUGGGUAUUCUGCCCGCAGCACGGUCACUGUUCAAGGCAGGAUAAUGUUAAAACUUAGGCAUGGGCACUUUUUAUGUGACUUGAUAAUAAACGUCAAUAAAGCGACUCAUCACACUGGA